CAAUUUCUUUUUGAUUCGUUUUUUCUCAAACUUCGAGAAAGAACUCCUUUUAGCGUCGACGAUGACUGUGGCAAGAAACAAAAGAAUAAUCGGCUUACGRCAGUAGAAACAWAUASAACCCUAGACGACAAAACAAUGUUUCCCGAUGCUCGCAAUAGCUUGCGUCAAUGGAGCGAUUCGGCCGAUACCAAGAUUCCGAUCCCGGUCGCAAUCACCCUCCAUAACUUCAUCCCGCCGUCAGUACCCUCCACCAAACGGCCCUCUUCAAUUACAAAAAGCGCAAGUUAUAGCGACGAUAUUUACCAUACAGACAGCAACGAAAGCGAUGAGUCGUCCGUCGGUUCUCCAAGCAAAGGUCGUGGCAUUAUGUGGCUAAAUCGCCAACCCCAACACAACAACAAUUUGCUCCCGCGUGUCAAUCUUGAAAUCACAGCGAUAAAACAAGAUCAGCUCGACAAAGAAGASAACGGCGAGGGAAUCGACACGAAUGAUAUAGUUCAAAAAACGACCAUCGUGUAUACUGAACAAAGUCCCCAGGUUCGAUCGGUUCAUCCUUCUUGGGAACAUUUAGAUGAACGAAUAUGUAUCGAUAACCACAGUGAAUGGUGGAACCAGAAUGAUCUCUACAAAUCGAUGAAGGUAAAGCUUUGGAUUGUACCCGAACCAGCGCAAUCAGAGGAAGAAAAAGAAGUAGAACAACCAGUGCCAAUGGAAGAAAAAUGUUUGUUGGAAACGUAUUUGCACCCUUCAUUCCUCGAACGCAUUGAUCUUGGUUCWGCCAGUGCCAAAAAGGGAGAAGAUGCCGAUGAUGGCAGUUCAUUACCACCAGCCUUACCACCCAAUGCAAUGCUGGUAMACUUUUCGGACGGGUCGAUCCGCUGUCCGCCGAACAUUUACCAGGUACUAUGGGAAAAGUUUGGUCACACCUACGGGAUACUGGAGGCUCCACCGGUCGAGGACUUUGACCGAUUUGAAGAUGACGUCUUUGCUACUCUCGAUCACGUCAAGCAAACCCCACAACGACCACGUUGUCGGUCAAUCACGUCUCUACUUGAUCAGGACAAUGAUUCUAUAAAUCAGAAUGGCCCUGAUGAUAUCGAUAACGAUAAUGACGGCACACCAAAUAAUCUGGAAUCGCAAGAUGAUGAACAACCUCCUUCACAUCCCCAGCAUGAGCAAGAUUCAAACCCAAUGACACCCCCACGAAGACCUGUCACCACUAGUAAGCAACAAUACCAAAAAGACGACGACGACUUUGUAUUUCGUUGUUGUGAACAAGAUAUAAUUGAAGAAGAGAAAAGACGAGAAAAGCUGGAUUUACUACGACUGAUUGCAGAAGAGGAACGGGGACUCGAGGAAGAUCUCGAUUGCCUACAAACUGAACAACGGACUUUGAUUAGUUUGGUGGAGGAAAUCCARGGAGUUGAGCGAGAUAUUGAUAGACUGAAGACCGAACUGAAUAAGCAGUCCUUGAAGUGGGAACGAGAAGAGUUCUUGAAAGAGGCUCAAGCUAUCAAAUUGUUUCGAGAUUUGCGAGAUAUUUAUCCAAUCACAUCGGAUUUUAAAGCAACCCACGGAGAGAUAGCUGUAGCGCUGACAAUCUCCGGAGAAAAUGAAAGCUAUUUCAUUCGGGGUCUACAGCUGCCCGGAGAUAUUUACACUACUACAGUCGUAGAAGAAGAAGUAAACACGUCUCUGGGUUAUUGUGCCCACCUAGUAUUUAUGGUUGCCAAAUAUCUCACGAUCCAGCUUCGACACCGGAUUUUUUGCAAUGGUUCACGAUCCUCAAUCGAACAGGAUGGCGUGGGAGUAUUUCCUCUAUUUCUGGGACGACUCGAAGCAAGAAUGUUGGAACGAGAACAGGUCGAUCGAGGUGCACGAUUGCUAGGGGCGAACGUUGAUUGCAUCAUGAUGCAUCUCGAUUUGAUGCCGUCGUCGGAGUUUGUGUCUUCGCCGGCACACGAAAUACAUAUAUUAGCAAAGCUUCGGUCUGUUCUAGAUUUCGUGGCUGAAGGAAAGAUUGCGCCUUAGAGGCAUUCGAUUUAAGUGAUUCUAUAAAUCCUCUUUUAAAUC